GGCCGAAAUGACAGACACGGGGGUUUCCACCUCAAAAGUCUAGCCAACAGCAUGGAAAAACUAUACCCACGCUUGGCAAUGGAUGUGACCUUUCGCUAUUGACCCUCUCGACCAAUAACGCAUCCCGCAGCCAGGGAGGGUGGCAUCAUGUCUGCGAGACCGGCGGGGUUGGGCCCCCUUCGAUGCGCCAUAAUCGGUGCUGUUGCACUUUCUCGAGGUGGAGAUGCCCAGCCCCGAUGGAGACCCCGAGGCCCGGCUGGAGGAAGAAAUUGCUCACCAUGCCGGGCUGAUUCCUGCACGACGCUUGCCGCGCUCGGGAAGAGAAUUCAUGGCGUGUGAUGCUUGGCAACUUGUGCAGCGCUCCAUCCAUGCAUUCCUGCUGAUCACUGGCGCCACUUUCCUCUUGCCUUUUGAGCCCUCUCCCGCAGGCCCAAAGGGCUUACUUAUAAAACGCACACAUACAUGGCCGCCAUCCCCGCAGCCAGUGUUCCCCCUGAGCCACCAUCCUCCCACCUUCCCAGCAGCCCGAGCCCGCCCGCCUUUGCUGCCCUUUAACCUCCCGCAUGGUGCCCUGAAGGCUUCACCGUCCCUCCCCCGGAAUCACACGGCCGGCGAAGCACCAAACAGCAUGGCGACGCCUAAGGAGAUGAACCCGCCCGUGGUCAUGGCGCAGACCGAGGCGCCUGAGGGCAGCUUCAGCGAGAAGAAGACGUCGCAGGACAGAGAGGCGAAGCCCGAGGGCGGGGAUGCGUCCGAGGAGGAGGUGCGCGACGUCAACAAGGAUGUGCAGCUGCAGCACGGAGUCGUCAAGAUCCAGGCCAUCACCAAGGCAUGGACGUUCAAGUACCUGGUUAUUACCUACAUCUUGAUCUACCUGACGUCCUACUGCCAUUCGAUGCAGCAGCAAAUGAACUCCAACCUCGCUCCCUAUGUGACCUCCUCCUUUUCCAGGCACGGCCUCCUGGCCACCGUCGGCAUCGUGGCCCGCCUCGUCGGCGGCGUCGCCCAGAUCCCCAUGGCCAAGAUCGGCAACAUCUGGGGCAGGAUGGAGGUGUACAUCCUCGUGCACGGGCUCUGCUCCUUCGGCCUGCUCCUCAUGGCCGUGUCCAACAACAUCGAGACGUACGCGGCCGCCAACGUGUUCUGGACCGUCGGCAGCGGCGGCGUCGGCUUCAUCCACACCGUCCUCAUCUCGGACCUCACGUCCCUCCGGAACCGCAUGAUAAUCUACACCCUCAACUCGACCGCCUACGUCGGCAACGCCUUCGCCGGCCCCAUCGUGGCCGAGCUGUUCAACAAGUACAGCACCUUCCGCUGGGCCUUUGGCGCCUUCGCCAUCAUCUUCCCCUUCUUUGGCGCCACCAUCUGCGUCAACCUCUGGCUCAACCUGCGCAAGGCCAAGCGCAUGGGCCUUGUUCCCAGCCGGCCGAGCAGCGGCAGAACGUGGUCGCAGUCCAUCAUGUUUUACAUCAACGAGUUUGACAUCAUGGGCAUGGCCCUGCUGUGCGGCGGCUUCUCUCUCUUCCUUCUGCCCUUCAGCAUCCAGUCGUACAGCCCCAACGGGUGGACAACGGCAUACAUCAUCGCCAUGAUCAUCAUCGGCUUCUUCAUGAUCGUGGGCUUUGUCUUUUGGGAGAAGAUGUUCGCCGUCGUCCCGCUCGCGCCGUGGAACAACCUCAAGGACCGCACAAUCUUUGGCGCCGCUUUAGUGGCCGGCAUCAUCAUGACCAGCUUCGGGACGUGGGAUUCCUACUUCUCGUCCUAUCUGCAGGUCGUCCACCAGCAGACCAUUGCCCAGGCCGGGUUCAUCACCAACAUUUACACUAUUGCAAGCUGCACUUGGGGCCCAAUCGUCGGAUACCUCAUCCGCCUCACACACCACUACAAAUGGAUCGCCAUCUCGGCCGUGCCCGUCGCGUGCCUCUCCACGGCGCUGCUGAUCCACUUCCGCACGCCCGACACGCACAUCGGCUACAUCAUCAUGUGCCAGGUCCUCAAGGCCACGUCGGCCGGCACCAUCAUCAUCUGCGAGCAGCUGGCCGUCAUGAGCGUCGUGUCGCACAACGAGGUGGCCGUCAUGCUGGCCCUCGUCGCCCUGGCCUCGUCCGUCGGCGGCUCCAUCGGCCGCGCCAUCUCGGGCGGCAUCUGGACCAACCAGCUGCUGCCGCUGCUGCAGGACCUGCUGCCCGAGGACCAGAAGCAGAACGCGACCAGGAUCUACGGCUCGCUGCCCGUGCAGCUGUCGUACCCCUUCGGCAGCCCCGCCCGCAACGCCAUCGUGCUCGCCUACGGCGACGUCCAGCGCAAGAUGGUCAUCGCCGGCGCCUGCUUCAUGCCCCUAGCCCUGGCCGGUGUGUUUCUAUGGAGGAACGUCAACGUCAAGAAGACGCAGCAGACCGCGGGGCAGGUCUGGUAAGCUGGACGAGCCAAAGGGCUGCAUCAGUCUUUGGACAGAGGCGGUCUUGCUAUUGCGCAACAGGCAUACGUGUUGGAUGCAAAAUUGGCAACAGAAUGGAUGCUCUCAAAUAUACGUAGAACUCAUUUUAUGUCCCACCAAGUCCUGCACAUAAUAAAAAAGAACAGCAACCCCCCCCUCCCCCUACUUCUCGUUGCAACUAUUG